AUGUUCUUAAUCGGUUAUAAUUUGUCGGUAAAUUCGAAUGUCUCCAGCCCGGUGUGGACGUAUGUACCGAUCACUACCAUCUGUACCGGUUCGGUGACCAUCAUUUUGAAUGUUCUGGUUUUGUGUUUGUUGUUGCGACGGGAGAAUUCGGCGCUGCCCUUUACCGUGUAUCUGAUCAAUCUCUUCCUGGCUAAUAUUUUAUUCGUGUUGUUGGGCAAUCCGUUAGAUGUGGUUUAUACUUUAUACGGUGUGUGGUUUAUGGGCGAACAUCUUUGUACGCUUUAUCUCUAUGCAUACAACGUUGUGACGUGUGCCGCGGUUUCCGCAUUGGCUUUGAUUACCAUGAACCGUUUAUGGGCGACCGCCUUCCCGGUGCACUAUCGUCUGCACCACAACCGCCGCGUGGCCUGCAUUGUCUGCCUGUUCACCUGGCUGUACGCGCACAUCUGCAUGGGACCGGGGAUUUUUCUGGACGCCCUGUACUACCGGCAGCCGCUGGACAGCAACGGCUGCACCAUCAACAUCGACGUGGCGUCCCUCCGCAACUGGGCCAUCAUCACCCAGUGGAUCAACUUCAAUAUCCCCGUGGUGUUCAUCUUAAUGGGAUACUUUUACAUCUUGUUCAAAAUGCAGCACCGGCGAAACUUCACCACCCAGAGGUCACCAGAUCUUGAUAUGAGUAAUAGUCGGAUGCACAGUGUCAGUGGGGUGCCGGAUAUGAAAAACGCCGAACUGGACGUUAGUCCGCGGGUGGCCAGUACGUCGGUCGUUAAGCACCGGCGGAAUGUUCUGAUGCAGCGGAAAUUUCUCGUUUUGACGCUGUUGACAUGGAGUAAUUUCAUCAACCUGAUGCCGGCGCAGGUGUACUAUACGGUGGCGUUCUGGGUCAAUUUGAACGAUUAUGUCACGCUGUGGCGCGUUAGUAUCAUCAUGAUGUCGGCCAAUGCGGCACUGAAUCCGAUUCUCUUUGGGAUUUCCAUGGAGACCGUCAAGGAAUCCACGCGGAAACUAAUGCGGUCACUACGGCGGCGGGUGUGGCCGUCGGUUCGCGCUGGCAGCCCACCGCAAUAA